ACCGAUGGUUUACUCCUACCAACAACUGAUAGACUAUUGUGAGAGUAAAUGGGGCGAUCUAAAAGGCAAUGAAUGUCAAUUGAGAGUUGUUCUAGGAAGGCCUAUGACCAUAUCGUAAGCUAUGGACUGGCAAAGGGCAAAGAUUACGAGUUUGAGGAGCAAAGAAAUCCCUGCCAUUUGGUGAAGCCAGGGGCGGAUCUCCGCUAUGAUGUACUUGAGGGUUACGAGAAUCUCCAAGAUGACAGACAGGGAGUGUUCCAGAUUAUCAAUGAACAACCAGUGGCAUCUUGGAUUUAUUUAAGUCGCAGCUUUUACCACUUCUGCGGUGAUGUCGAGCAUGGAGACAAUGCUAAUGCUGUGCAAGAAUAUGAUCUUGAUUAUGAGAACUUUGGCAGGAUCGAACUUGAUGGUGAAGGUUCUGUUUCGGGAACCAAGGCAAGUGCUGAGAUGGAUAAUGAUGAUAAUGAUUACGAUUCCGAUAAAUCAGACAAUGCUUGUUAUGCUCAAGAAUAUACUGAUUCUGAAAACAGUGGUGAGAGUAGGGAUGAUGAAAAUUGGCAAAAUAUCCAAAUCUUACUAAGUCCUCCUCCCACGAGCGAAGUUGACACUUCCAUGAUAAUUUCCAGUGCCAACAGCCAUUCAUCCAGGAUAAGCUGUGAAGCAGGAGGAUGGUCGUUUGGAAGAAACCGGUGGGACCAUGAUCGUGUUAUAUGAUAUGCAUUAUUAGUAUGAUAUGCUUUAGUUUUAACAAAGACUAUGUUGUUGGCUUUAUUAUUUAACAAAUACAUUGUUUCACUACCACCAUUAUGGUUAUUAUUAUCUAUAACUUAUGUUCAAUGAAUGCUAAUUAAAUAAAGAGAGUAUUUGUAC